AAUUAAAUUUCAAUAAAAUUUCCUAAUUAGAUGUGCUGAUAAGAAACAGGUACUUUUUAAUAAAGAUUAACCAUAUUUGUUCAUGGAACGUGUUCAAAAUUUACAGCCGUUAAUAGUUUAGAUAUUGUUUAUUGUUUAAUAAAUUUCGUGUUUAAACCUAAACUGGUUAAAGCUACUACAGAGACUGUUCUUAUACCCAGCGUACUCUGCACUACAAGAGUAAUGAAAUGGUGCUAACCUUAGGACUGUUUGUCAGUCUGUAGGGCUGUUUGACUGUCUGGUCUAGAACACCAGUCACCAUACCGACAUGGAAUGAACAGCCAGCAGGCUUAUCAUAUGGAAUGGGGAUACAGGUUGAAUUCCACUUCAUCGCAAUUCCAGUGUCAAACAAUUCUGUGAUAUUUCAAAGUAUCUAUUAAUAGAACAGCUAUCACCAUGGUGAUGACCCAGCUCCAGUCAAAACUUGUGUUGUUUGGGUUUUUUGUGAUAUUAUACCUGACCUUCACCUUGGAGGCAGCAAAGGACAAGGAUAGUGAGAGAAACUUUGAAGAUUUAAACGAUAGAAUCUCAAGGUCGUUACGAAGGUCAAAUCGGGAUAACCAAAGAAACAACCGACGAUUUCAGUCUCAGCAGAGAGGAGGAGCAUGGGAACAACACAGCGAAAAGCCGAACAUCAUUCUGAUUAUUACAGACGACCAGGAUGAAAUGCUGGGUUCUAUGACUACUAUGACCAAGACUCUCAAGAUUAUGGGUCAGGAAGGUAUCCACUUCAACAACUCGUUCGUGUCCACACCCAUGUGCUGCCCAUCCAGGAGCUCUCUGCUCACAGGUUUGUUUCCCCACAACCACCAUGUUUACACGAAUAAUGACAACUGCUCCGGGACUGAGUGGCAGAGAGAACAUGAACCUCGCACAUUUGCCAAGUACCUCAGUGACGCUGGAUACCGGACAGGAUUCUUUGGAAAGUACCUCAACGAGUACAAUGGGACAUACAUACCGCCUGGUUGGCGGGAGUGGGUGGGGCUCGUCAAAAACUCACGUUUCUACAACUACACGCUCAACUUUAACGGACAGAAGGUGCGUCACGACGACAACUACUAUCAGGACUACUUUACAGACCUGAUAGGCAAUGACAGCAUCACGUUCCUAAAGCAGAGCAAGCAGUACUUUCCAACAAAGCCAGUGAUGAUGAUGCUCAGUGUCCCGGCACCCCAUGGACCGGAAGAUUCUGCGCCUCAGUACCAACACAUGUUUGAAAAUAACACACUACACAGGACCCCAAGUUGGAACUACAUGAACAACUCGGACAAACAGUGGCUGCUACAGGAGAUGAAGACACUGGAUCCCACGGGGAUUGCCUUCACGGAUAUGCUGCAGAGAAAACGCCUCCAGACACUGCAGUCAGUUGACAGCUUAGUGGAGAAGGUGUACUACCAGCUGCGACUGUUACGUGAGCUUGACAACACUUACAUCAUCUACACAUCCGACCACGGCUACCACCUGGGCCAGUUCGGUAUCGCCAAGGGGAAGGCUCUCCCGUAUGACUUUGAUAUCCGUGUUCCACUGUAUAUCAGGGGCCCGGGCAUUCUCAGGGACACAAAGAUUCCCAAUGCGGUGGGGAAUGUGGACAUUGCCCCAACCAUCCUUGAUAUGGCCGGCCUUGAGGUGCCUGAACAUAUGGAUGGCCGGUCACUACUGAAACUGAUUAAGGACCACAAACAGGAGAACAACGUGGAGGGGAGAUUUGUGAAACCAAGAAGGCCAUGGCGGGAUACCGUGCUCAUUGAGAGAGGGAAGGUGACAGUAAAGAUGUUAAAGGGUAUCUUCAAGGCCCAGGAUGAGAAGUUACUUAGUGAGCAAGGAGAGGUGCUUAUGCCGUUUGUUGACCAGAAGACAAGAAAAACGAUGCGGAUAUGUGCUGACCCUGAAAACGCUCCACCCUGUAAAUAUGAACAGAAAUGGGUUUGCUUCAAAGACCAUCGUGACAGAAACCGAAUCAAGAAAUGUCGUAACUACAACAGAACUAUCAUUGCAACAAAUGACCACAUCUUCCAGAAGGAUGAAGGCUUCAGUGUACCAUUACAUGCCCAGAAUUUACCCACAACACAUGAUAGGAACCCAAAGUGCAAUUGUAGCCAAAAGUAUGGGAAUGCAGAAGGAAGGGGAAUGCCAUAUAAGGACCAGGAGUUACAGAGGCAGUUUUCGAGGAAUCACAUGAGUAGCACAAAUUUCAAGCCCACUUUUUUCCGAAAGAAGAGGUCGUUAUAUGACGAGGAAUUGUCACUGAAAAAGAAACUGAUCGCCCAGCAGUUGACAAUGAACCGGCAGCGAUGUCGAUACCUACCCAAUAAUACAUUCACCUGUGACAAGGAACUGGUUCGGGACCCAGCAGAGUUUGAACAUCAUCAACAUCAACUUGACAAGAUGAUAGAGGAGACGAGAAAAAGGCUGAGAAACCUCAAGAGAAUAAGAAAGCAGAUGAAGAAACAGCGUCGACUCACGUAUGAGGACAAGAACGACUCAGAUGAGUUUGACUAUGCAGAUAAUGACGAUACCAUUGAUUAUGAUGAGAGUUUCUCCCUGGACCAUACAGAUAGUGUGGAUCUGGGGAGAGAGGAGGAAGAGCAGGAGGAGGACGAUGGGUGUGAUUGUGAUGUCGCGAUCGAUGAAUUGGAUGAAUUACGGAAGUUUGGUGCAGAUUCGCUAGAAGAGUACGAUGAUGAAUUUGGCAACUCUAUGGAGGAGGACGACGACCAGGAGGGACAAUUCAGGAAGAAGGGAAAAAAGAGCUCCUGUAACCAUGACAACCUGAAAUGUUCCAUACAUGACAACGACCACUGGCAGACACCACCUAGGUGGACAUUGGGUCCAUACUGUUUCUGCACUAAUGCGGAGAAGAACACAUAUUGGUGCCUCCGAACAGUGAACGAGACACACAACUUCCUGUACUGCGAAUUUGUCGACAGUUUCCUCGCGUUCUAUGACUUUACAACAGACCCACACCAGCUGCACAAUGUGAUCAAGUCAGUGGACUUUGGUGUGAUGGAGCAGCUGCAUGAGGAACUUGUAAUGUUGAGGCGGUGUCAGGGCGGCAAGCAGUGUAACAAGAUACGGGAAAAAGGUGAAAAUAAAAGACGUAGACGUAGAAGGAAGGUGCGUAGAGGUCACAGGAACCGCAGUCGCCGUCACAACACUCGGUCAUAUAUAUGAAACAAUGAUAUAGACAUUUAGUUGUUAGUAGAUACUUUAUUGAAAUGGGGAAUAUUUGUAAAGUAUUCCAUCAGCUGCGGGCAUAUAGGGCUGUAUAAAUUAAGUGAUAUUUGUGAAUUGAAACGGAUUUAGACUGUGUGAUAUUAAGUGACUGGUAGAAAUCUCAUUAGAUGUCUAGUGACUGGUACACUAAAUUGUUUAUUAUGUGCCAUUUUGUGAAGUGUAUUAAUGCACAAUGUAAAUGAAUAAUAUAGUUCUGUGUUCUUGUUAUGAUUUUGUGUACACUUAUGAACAAACAGUCUUAGACUGGAACUGAUCCGUCUUAGAUUUCACCAUUUGAUAUGUUUGUGAUAGGUUCUUAAUUUGUUUGGUAUGAUUUUGUUUUAGAUAUAGGAAAUCUCAUGAUUUUAGGUUCCUUUUCUUAAAAGACUCCCGGAAUGUUCUGGAACUAUUUAAGAAGUUUUUUUCUUGUGUGUUUUAUUUGAUGUUUGUAAACUGUUUUCAUGCCAGUAGCUUUCUGUUUGUGUUUGUGUUUUUUUCGAAAAUGUAUAUAUAUCAUGUACUUUAUAAAGUUACCACCUGUAUUAUUAUUUGUGAUAUUGAAAAUACUGUUUAUAAAUUAACUGUUAAUUUUUUCCUAAUAAUUACAUAUAGUUGAAUGACUUCAUAUUGUUUAGAGAAGCAAAGCUUUUCAAUAAUUUAUCGGUAAAUUGUUUCAUUCUUUGUUCUUCUUGUUUUUUUUAUAGAAAAUAGGUUAUUUAAUUUGUCUUGUACGUAUGUGUCAAUGCCAGUGAAAUAAAUAUUGUUUGAUGUAUAAAGUUGAAUAGUACACAUUUAUCUCAAUAAUGAUUACUGUAAAUGUGCAUUGUCCUAUAACAGGGUACUUGUGUUGUGUGUACAGUUAUUUUUCAUUAGUUUCAUGGACACAUUCUACUUACACAGAUCCAUUAAAGGAUCAUGAUGACUUGCAUAAAAUGAGUUAUUGUAAAAUUUCAACGUGGAAUAUCGGACAUUUCAAGAUUAGUAAUAAUAUAAAGACAGAUGAAGUUUCUUCUUUCUGAGAAAAGGAACAUACCAUGUAUAUUACUAAACUUUGAAAGAAGCCAACUUACCACAUAGAUAAAUUUCAAAGCUAUGUGAAAACACAGUGGACAGAAUAUAGGAAUUAAUAAGGUCUGACAUUAUAAAAAACAUUGAUGAAGAAAUUACAUUAUAACUCAGUAUUGGUUGAGGGAAGGAAUUUUCUUAUAUGUAUGCUUCAAUCCUGCCAAGGAACUGAUAUUUCAGACAUACAGAGGGAUAUUUAUUAUUCACAUGACAUUUGAUAACUAUUUAAUAGUCAAACAGAAAAUGUUAUCAUGUUUGUUUUACUGUACUUCAAACUGUUACAUGAUGAACAUAGUACAUAUUUAACAAAUCAAGUGUUCAACUAUGGUUUAAUUUUCAAAAAUUCCCUAAAAAAAGUAUUCUUACAUGCUACUAAUUUUUUUAUAGUUGGGUGUAACCAAAUUGCAUGUCAGUUUCAAAAACAAAAGUGUGUGCCAGGUAAAAUAAUAUUUAAUUUAGGAUUUCAAUUUUAUCUUCUAAAAACGACUAUUUAUUAAAAGCCUACUGUAGUUUAUUGUCUUGGUAGUGUAAAGAAAUCCGAAAUAAAAAAAUGUAGAAACUAUUUCUCCCUCCUAAUGCUUUAAUUGUGAAACCAAAAUGAUAAACAAAAACAACAUUACUAUUCAUUAACAGUAAUCAUGUGCAUGAACACAUGUAUGUGUAUAAACACUGUCCCAAUGGGCAUUCAGGUGUCACAAUGGGCAUUUGGGUGUCACAAUGGGCAAUCAGGUGUCACAAUAGACAUUCGGGUGUCCUAAUGGGCAUUUGGGUGUCCCAAUGGGCAUUUGUAUGUUACAAUGGACAUUCUGGUGUCCCAUUGGGCAUUUGGGUGUCCCAAUGGACAUUUGGGUGUUUCAAUGGACAUUCUGGUGUCCCAAUGGGCGUUUGGGUGUCACAAUGGACAUUUGGGUGUUUCAAUGGACAUUCUGGUGUCCCAUUGGGCAUUUGGGUGUCCCAAUGGGCGUUUGGAUGUCACAAUGGACAUUUGGGUGUUUCAAUGGACAUUCUGGUGUCCCAAUGGGCGUUUGGGUGUAACAAGGGACAUUUGGAUGUCACAAUGGGUGUCCAAAUGGACAUUUGAGUGUCCUAAUGGACAUUCGGGUGUCACAAUGGCCAUUCGGGUGUCUGUCACAAUGGGCAUUUGGGUGUCCCAAUGGGCAUUUGGGUGUCCCAAUAGGCAAUUGGGUGUCACAAUUGGCAUUUGGGUAUAUUGUCUUACUUGUUUGAAAAAUAUAUUGUGCAAUAUUUUCAUCAUUAUAAGCAUCUAAAAGAUGCAUUUCUAUAAACUUUCUAGAAAAAGUGUUUAAAUAGUUUCUCUUUAACAAACAUACAGUAUCACAUGUUCAUUGUAAAUUCUGUAAUAUCAGGAUGUUGCAAGCUUUAAUUGCUUACUUCAACUUUGGUAAACUAUGAUAAGAAAGGCUUAAUUAUUCUAAGAUAUGCAAUUUUGUCCUUUCAGUACUCUCCAGUUUGUGUUUAUAUGACCUAAUUUUAAAAGAUUUUAGAAUUAUUUUUUUUAAUUCAUAUAUCAGUAUAUGAAAUUCGCAUAGAAAGCCUGUAGUCCUUGAAGUGUUUUUUUUUUAAGUUAAGAUGAGUUUAUUUCUUUACUUAUGUUAACUACUGCUUAAGUAAAAUGCUGUAAUCCUGUGUCUUGCUACACUUUAUUUUAGGUACAAUGUAUUACUUCACUGUUUCAUUGUUUUAACAUUUUGUAAAACCACUUUCUAGCAAAUGUGAUGAAUUUUCGUUUCAAUACAUUAAAUAAACUGUAAAUAAUUA